CUGCGAUCGGCCCAUGCAACGGGACAUACAAUUGCACAGUGAUACUACUACCGACUACUAGUAGCAGACGGGAUAAGAAGACAUCAUCCUCAUCUGUGUCCGCACCAACAUCUCACGGAAUCAGCCAUUCCACUACUGAGGCACGGGCACGGGCACGAUCGUGUCUGUCCCGGUCCACCAGUACUACUACCUAGAGAAUUGUGGCAUACAUUCUCCACAGAAACUUGAAGGACUCUGGCCACUUAUUACUGCAUUUCCGUCAAAUCGACAAAAAUGCCAGCUCUUGCCCGCAGGUUUCUGAUUUGGGCGGCCGUCGACGGACUGAUCCUCCAGGCCCACGGGCCUACUGACCACCAGAAAACGGUUCAGAUCAACUAUAACAAAAAGGGACAGAAACAGGGUCAGAUCAAGGAGCUCCGAAACAUCGAGGCCACACGCGCACGAGGCAAUGCCUUGGAAUCCCACGGCAUCAUUGGCCUUUUGUCAAUUGCAUCUACAUCGUUUCUCAUCGCCAUUACGCAGCGAGAGCAAGUGGCUCAAAUCUUUGGAAAGCCAGUCUUUGUCAUCACCGACAUUGCUCUUCUGCCUUUAUCGUCGCAAAGCGAGGCGGACAAGGCCAUUACUGCAGCUACGGCAUCACGCGCCUCUACUGAGCAGACCGAGUCUGUUGUGGAGGAUUCAGAGUCAGAACUGAGUGAUGCAGAAGACGAUGAUGACGGUAGCCUGUCCAGUGAUACCGAACCCCAGACGCCCGUGGACAAGAAGCAAGGGACGCUGCAUCGAAGCUCGAGUGCCACGAGUAUCGCUAGAGAUGUUUGGAACAAUCGUGUCCAGUACGGCAGAUUUGCAUCGCAGUGGUUCUCGAGGAGAGGGUGGGGAGCGGCGGGUAAGAAUGGUGGUGGCAACAGCAGCAAUCAGGUCCAGACUUCAACUACAGAUGAUAAUGGUACUACCGCGGAAGUGAGUCCUUCUGAAGGCGGAGCCGCCGCUGCAGCAAAUCGUCUCGAACCCAAGGACGACGGCAUGCCCGAAGACGAACAAGCGGAACAGAUCAUGACGGACGGCUCGAUCAAAGAUGCACUGCCCAAAAUUCUUCGAACCACAAAAAUGAUUUUGACGUCAGGGAGCUUUUUCUUCUCGUACGAUUUCGAUCUGACGAGACGACUGGCAGUUACUAAGGGGGCGACAAAAGCGCCGUCCCCAGAAUCUCUAGACCCAUUGUAUUUCUGGAACAGGCGCCUAGCCACUCCAUUUCUUGAUUCGCGACAGGAUUCUCUGCUCAUACCAAUAUUGCAAGGCUUCGUGGGCCAAAGAUCCUUUGUGGUGAAAAAGAAGUCCCCAUCUGGCAACGACCAGGAAGCCGAAGUUGUGGCCGCUCAGGACAUCAAAGAGGCCGAAACUACUGGCGGCCUCAACCUUGAGAAUGCAGUCAACCAAGCCAAGCAGAGCAUCGCAAGCAUCACUGGUGGAGGAGAAGAAACACAAGAAUACCUAUUAACCCUGAUCUCUCGGCGCUCCGUCAAACGAUCCGGACUCCGCUAUCUCCGCCGCGGGAUCGACGACGAAGGUAACUGUGCCAACGCGGUGGAAACAGAACAGAUCCUCUCGUCGCCCGAUUGGUCUCCCACCAGAAAGAUACGGUCAUUCGUCCAAAUCCGCUGUUCAAUCCCAUUAUAUUUCUCCCAAUCUCCCUACGCGCUCAAACCGGCUGUGGUGAUCCAUCAGUCCGAAGUGAAAAACGAAACCGCGCUCAAGAAACACUUCCAGGACCUCAAAAGACGGUACGGCGGCGUCCAAGUGGUCGCACUAGUGGACAAGCAUGGCACUGAAGCGAAGAUUGGCGAAGCAUUUGAGAAAACAGUUCGUUCACUCCAAGAAUCGCAUCAACUUGAUGAUGAUGUGCAAUUUGAGUGGUUUGAUUUCCACGCCGAAUGUCGCGGGAUGAAGUUUGAAAACGUGUCGAGACUCGUUGACAAAAUCGAACCUACCAUCAACAGGUUCGGAGAGACAAUCAUAUCAACUCCACCACCGACUGGCAGCACAGCCGGUGGAGUUGAGGUAAUUCAGUCUGGAAUCAUCCGCACAAACUGCAUGGACUGUCUCGACCGGACCAAUGUGGCCCAGUCCGCAUUCGGCCAAUACAUGCUCCAGAAAGACCUGGGGGCCGAAGGCUUCGAAAUCGAUUUAUUGCAUGACCAAUCCACAACCUGGUUCAACACCCUCUGGGCAGACAACGGCGACGCCAUCUCUCGCCAAUACGCAUCCACAGCCGCCCUGAAAGGCGACUUCACCCGUACCAGACGAAGAAACUACCGGGGCGCAUUGAACGAUUUCAGUUUGACAUUGACGCGAUAUUACAAUAACAUGGUCAACGACUAUUUCUCCCAGGCCGUCAUUGACGUCUUGCUAGGAAACAUGUCGUGGCGCGUCUUUGAAGAUUUCGAAUCAACAAUGAAAUCUGCGGAUCCAGGCAUAUCAAUCGAUCAAGUUCGCGAAACGGCGAUUGAAAACUGCGCCAAACAAGUCAUUCAGGACCCUGACGAAGAUUUGAUUUCUGGUUGGACAAUGUUGACGCCCGCGCAGGAUAACACUCUGCGCACUCUCCCCUUUGAAGAAGCUGUUGUGCUCUUGACUGAUGCAGCAAUCUAUUGUUGUCGCUUUGAUUGGGCCACUGAAAAGCUUGCGUCGUUUGAAAAAAUCGAUUUGAGAUCGGUCGAGAAAGUCAGGUAUGGGACAUAUAUCACUUCGACGUUGAGUGAGAGACAGAUGAAGGAGGAUUUGAAUGUCGGUGUCGUGGUGGUCUAUCAGCCUCAAAAGGGGACUAGUAUGAUCAGGACGAAUACGCGGUCACUGCAGAAUUAUGUUGCCCCGGGUGAUAGCAACGACACGGCGAAUCGCAUCGAUGGCGGCACGGGCAUACUGUCCUGGUUGAGUCCGAACUCGCCGCCUUCGUCGAGGACGCUGGCGCUGAAAGUCAUACCGUCUAUUACAUCCAUUACGCAGCCUGACGGAAGAGAAAGACGGGGUGAGAAGACGCCGCCGCCGCCGCCGCCGAUCGCUGUGGCUGAGAACAUUGCAGACGAGAUCAGGAGGGCUAUUGUGGGUUCGGGAUCCGGGGAACAGAGCCAACAAAGUGAUGAUGCCCUGGUGGAGAAGCAGGAUAUCAUAUCGCUGGAAGAAGCUAAGAAGCGCACGGGAUAUCUCGAGCAACUGGGUUAUUCCAUCAAGAAAAUGGUGUGGACGUAGUACGAAGCGAAGUGGUUUUUGACUCUAUAGCCACCGACGACAAAGACGAGCCCAGGAGCGUAUCAUACUGUUCUGUGCCUGGGUAAUGUACACUUUUCGGGACAAUAUCACGUUACUCGUUCCCUGUAUAUACAGUAUACAUACCCUUUUAUACCUAAUGUACGGUAUGUAUUUUGCAAAAAUUCGUUGACUUUUCGCA